CAUGAACCAACUUUUUACAAAUCACCUAAUCUUUUCCAAUUUAUUCCAUUAAACUUAGCCAUUUACCUAACCCCUUCCCUUUUAAAAUCCUCUAUAAACUUAUUAUUCAUAAUUUUAAGUACCAUUCAAUUUCGCCCCAAUUCACAACUACUAGAGUUAGUAACAAUUGCCAUUUUAAAGAAAUCAUGAUUAAAGUAAUAUUCUUACUUAUCUUAGUCAUUCAUACUGAAAACUCAACCAACUCUCAAAAAACGACUCUAUCUAUACAAUAUUCUAAAAAUAACAAUGAAUUUCUGGAUCCCUCUAAUCAAAUUCUUUUGAACAAAUAAACUCUUCGUGAAUACAUUCUUUUAAUAAUUGAUGAUGACACUCAAAUCCAUAGAAUAACACAAAACCUUAGAGAUAACAACCAAACUCAGUUAGCCAAAAUUUUAGAAAUUUUAGCUAUAAAAUAGCAAUAGCAAAUCAAGAGUAGAGAAGAAUUAAUUAAAUUUUGUCUUAGAAAAGCAUUUAGGUUUAUAUUUAAGAGCAUAUCAGAAAGAAAUAAUAUUUCAAGUAUUUUUCUCAACAAUCUAUUAGAAACUAAUUUAAAAACAGCUCGAUAAGAAUUUUUGAAAAUAAUCGAACAGGAGAUAAAAAUUCCAUUAAUUCUCCCAUUUAGAAAGAACAGCAAAAACAAAACAAUGAAUAAUGAUUUCCUCAAACAAGUAUUUUCAUCUCAAAUUUUCUAAACUUUUUACAAAGAGUUUUUAGGUACUCCUCUUUCUAUAUUUUAGAUCAUUUAGACGAUACUAUACAAGAAGACAGAAAGAAAAAGAUUGACAAACUAUAGGACAAAAUUUGGUUGAGUUUAAGAGAUAAUAGAACUGUAAUUAUAUUUUUUACUAUUUUAGGCUUCCAUUGACAUAAAAAGACUACCUUGGUCAUUAAAAAACACAGAAAGAGUAAAAUCAAUAGCAUUUGAGUUGUUGACAUUUUCAUAAAAUCAUUAAAAUUGA